GCCCGCCCGCCGAGGGCCAUGGCCGGGCGCGAGCCCCGGAGCUGCCGCCGCCGCUUCCUCGCCGCCAGGAGCCCGCGCCUGUCCUGAGCGCAGCAGCGCCGAGGAAGGGAAGCAUGGCGCGGGCUGCUCCUGGGCGCCGCCGCCCGUGGCCGCUCCUGCUCGCGCUGCUCCACGCGCUGCCGGGGCUGCUGUGGGGCCACCCGCAGUGCCUGGACUUCAAGCCGCCCUUCAAGCCGCCGCGCCCGCUCCACUUCUGCGUGCAGUACUCGGACUUCGGCUGCUGCGACGCCGAGCGCGACGCUUCCCUGCUGGAGCGCUAUUACCGAGUGGCCGAGAACUUCGACCAGGCCGCCUACGCCGCCUGCGCCAGCCACCUGCAGAACCUCUUGUGCCAGGAAUGCUCCCCCUAUGCUGCUCACCUGUAUGAUGCUGAGGACCCUUCCACCCCAGAGAGAACUGUGCCAGGACUAUGCAAAGAUUACUGCGUACAAGUGUGGCAAACCUGCAGGGCCAUGUUCCGUUACCUUACCCCAGAUGAAGAGUUACUGUCUCUGGAAGACAACAUGGCAAAGUUCUGUCGUUAUUUGUCCCUCGACGACACCGACUACUGCUUCCCCCACCUCCUGGUCAACAACAAUCUCAAUCAAAACCUUGGGGUAGUGGUUGCUGAUUCAGAAGGAUGUCUACAGCUGUGCCUAGCUGAGGUUGCCAACGGGCUUAGGAAUCCAGUGGCCAUGGUGCAUGCAAACGACGGAACGCACAGGUUCUUCAUUGCUGAGCAAGUUGGCUUAGUCUGGACCUACCUCCCAGAUCGGUCACGGCUUGAAAAACCAUUUCUGAACAUCAGUGAAGCUGUACUGACCUCACCUUGGGAAGGAGAUGAGAGAGGUUUUCUAGGUAUAGUCUUCCAUCCUAAAUUCAAAUUUAAUGGUAAAGUGUAUGUCUACUAUUCAGUUGAAGUGCAGUAUGAAGAGAGAAUCCGAAUCAGUGAGUUCAGAAUUUCUCCUGAUGACAUGAACUCUGUGGACCAUGGUUCUGAAAGGGUAAUUCUCGAGAUAGAUGAACCUGCUUCCAAUCAUAAUGGAGGCGAGUUGUUGUUUGGAGAUGAUGGUUAUCUUUAUAUCUUCACUGGAGAUGGGGGAAUGGCCGGUGAUCCUUUUGGAUUGUUUGGAAAUGCUCAAAACAAGUCAACGCUGUUAGGCAAAGUUCUCCGGAUCAAUGUGGACAACAACGACCACGGGCCUCUUUACAGAAUCCCUCCGGACAAUCCUUUCAUUAACGAGCCAAAAGCCCGGCCAGAAGUCUAUGCUUAUGGGGCCAGGAAUAUGUGGCGCUGCUCUUUCGACAGAGGUGACCCCUACACAAAGGAAGGGAAAGGCCGGCUUUUCUGCGGCGACGUGGGGCAGAAUAAAUUUGAAGAAAUCGACAUAGUUGAGAAAGGGAAAAAUUACGGCUGGAGAGCAAGAGAAGGGUUUAGCUGCUACGACAAAAAACUGUGCACCAAUUCCUCAUUAGAUGAUGUUCUCCCCAUAUAUGCUUAUCCGCACAAAAUGGGGAAGUCGGUGACAGGAGGCUAUGUCUAUCGGGGUUGUGAGUCUCCUAACUUGAAUGGGGUGUACGUAUUUGGAGAUUUUAUGAGCGGGCGCCUCAUGUCCUUGAGAGAGAAUCGAGCAACUGGGGAUUGGCAGUACAAUGAAAUAUGCAUGGGAACAGGUCAAACCUGCAUGUUUCCUGGACUUAUCAAUAACUACUAUCAGUAUAUCAUCUCUUUUGCUGAAGACGAGGCCGGAGAACUUUAUUUCAUGUCAACCGGCGUCCCGAGUGCCACCGCUCCCAAUGGUGUAGUUUACAAAAUGGUUGACACGUCACGGAGAGCACCGCCUGGGAAAUGCCGCGUUGAGCCUCUACCAGUGAAAGUGAAAGGCAAGCUCACAAAGUUUGUUCCAAAGGAAAAGCUUAUAAUUAAAAAGCCAACGCAACGCCCUAAGCUAAGAGCCACGACUAGAGCUCCAACCAGGAGCAGAGCAACUGCAGGACCUCCUCGAGCAACAACUCCAGAUUGGCUGGAGCAACUCUUGACCCUCAUGAGAAACCAGAACAGAGUGCAGAUGACGACGGCAGCACCGAGAACAAGAGCCCCAAAGCCCAGGAAGGGAGGAAGGGCCGGUGGAAGAAGAGGCCAGAGGAGGAGGAAGAAGCCCACCAGUGCUCCCCUGGAGCCACGGAAUGGUGCAGUCCGGAUAAUGGACGGCAACACGAAGGGGAAAGAUCGGGGGAGAGUUGAGAUUUUUAUCAAUGGAGAAUGGGGCACCGUGUGCGAUGACUUGUGGAACUCGAAGGCAGCCGCGGUCGUGUGCCGCCAGUUGGGCUUUGCCUUUGUGAUCAGGGCAACCAAGAAAGCGGCGUUUGGGGAGGGUCACUCACUUCCCAUUCUCCUUGAUGACGUCCAGUGCACAGGGCGUGAGAAGACGCUCCUGGAAUGCUCCCAUGCAAACAUUGGGAGGCACAAUUGCUCCCACAAAGAAGACGCGGGAGUCAUAUGUAGUCACGAAGACGUUUUCGAGACUGAACAGUAGGGAGAGUGGAAUCACAGGAUGGUAUCAAGUCUUGUCGUGUCAAAUAAACAAGCAAACCCACACCCUUAA